CGAAGAUAAAACAGAAAAAGUAACCUUGGCCUUCGCGCCUUCUGCCUUCUUCAGCAUCCACAUGGCAACACAUCCAUGAAGAAGCACCAGCAUUGGGAUAGAUUACUGUUGACGAGACCUGCUGUGCUAUACCGCACUGAACUGAAUAAGCCAUACAAUGCCAUCGGAUCCUCCUGCUGACCCCCCAAGUAGUAGUGCCGAGCCCGACGAUUUUGCUGCACCACCCCAGCAACGACAGAGUGGUCUCGAUCCCGACGUGCAAGAAGCUCGCGCCUUGGCUCGAACAUGGGAUGAACAAGACAAGCAAGCCAAGCAACAAGAACGACAGCGUCGGUCUAGUAGUAGUAAAGACACUGUUGCUGCCGUCAAGACUACGACGAGCCGCGAACGACAGCCCUUUCCUCAUGAAAAAUUUGGUCGCACUUCGGCUCCUCCCACGGCCGUGGUCGAGGAUGUUGUGCCCCAAGAAGAAGAUGAAGAAGACCAACACACCAAUGUAGGCCCGUCUUCUUCUUUUUCCUCUGGGAAUGCUCGUCAGAUUGGAGCUACAGCAGCAGCAGCAGCCGUUGGCCAUGCGAGCAGCUACGACGAGGAAAAGCAAGAAGAAGAAGACAUAGUGGAACCGCAAGAGGAGCAUUUGAUCGAGGCCAGUUUGGUAUCGGCUCCAGGAUCCGUCCAGCAAGCAGUGGUCGUGGGCGAUCUUGCCACACACGUUUCUUCACUGGAUGGAGUCAAUUCCUCCCAACAGCCGAGUAUUGUUGACAAGUGUAUUCCAAACACAAUGUCGGCCAAAUUGCUCUGUUUUGGAGUGGUCCUGCUUCUCGCUGUUGUGGCUGUGGUGGGAAUCAUGUGUGGCAGUGGAUUGUGUACUCCCGACGCUGAUGAUGUUCCAGAAGCAGUUACAGAAGCACAGUCCAACAACAACAAUGGAAAUGAUACGCCUUCCCCAAGCAUGCCAUCUUUUCUCAUGCAAUCUGCUGCUCCUACUAAUACUCUCAUUCUGGAAGAUGAAACACCAAUGCCCUCCAUGGCCGUUCCUCUUUCGGGCCUCUCAGAAUUUACAGAACCUUCCAUGGUCACUACUGAGCCUACUAGUGUCGAGCCACAAGCACUGGAUGAUGGAAGCGAUGCUCCCACAGUGACACCCACAGCAACCCCUCUUGCUGAUACCCUUUCGCCGUCGGUCUCGACCAAGUCCCCAUCCGAGACUCCUUCUUUUGCCACCGAUCCUCCUAGCACCAUUGCACCUAGUGCUUUGCUCCUAACGCCUGAUCCAACAGUCAUCACCGGUGCUCCAACGGCAAUGCCAUCACCCAGGGUCACAACUGGACCGCCUACCAAUGUGCCCACCAAUCAAAGACCACCUACCAAUUCACCUGCAACUGGACCACCUACUAAUCCACCCACAACUGGACCGCCUACCAAUCUACCCACUACAGCCAUUGAUGCAUCAUCUUGCAUCGCCGAUAGCGCGUGUCAAAACAAUGACAAUGUACCAUCCGUCAUGAUUUCGUCGGUAUCAUGUUUGGGAGAAAAUGCGUGUAGUGGAAACUCGGGCAACGAAUUGCAUGUCGGCGCGGGAGCUUGCAGUGCGGAAGGAACAGCAGCCACCACGGCUUGGCAAAGUCCACAAGGAAUGUCCGGCAGUUGUUCCCUCAAUACGGCCAAUGUCAAUGUGAACGACCUGGGGUGCAGUGGUAUUGGUGCUUGUUCGUACAACACCCAAGGCUUGGAUUUAUCCUUGCGGUCCUGUAGUGGCACGUAUUCCUGCUUGGAGAAUCGUGCCUCCAUGGUGGUGUGGGAAGAUGGGUGUCGAGGUGAUGGAUCGUGUUCUCAAAAUAAUAUACAUACCGAUGACGAGGACCGGCGGAUGAUUGUCAAUGUCCUCGACGAUGGUUGCGAGGGAGAAGGCGCUUGUCGAUGGGGUCAAGGAAAUGCACAAGUGUCGGGAUGUGGUGGGUUGGAAUCGUGUCAGGCAUGGAAGGUGAAUUAUACCAACUAUUUGGCUCCCACUCGAGCUGGUGGCAUUCAAUUUAUUGUGAGUAAAUUCUCGUGCACGGGCAAUUAUUCGUGCCAGAAUUUGACGGCCGAUGACGGCCUUACCAUUGGGCAAAACUCGUGCACGGGUGCCAAUUCCUGUCGCAACAUUACGACCUUUGGAAACUUUACCAUUGGCGAUGGUGCCUGUACAGAAGACAAUAGCUGUCAAGAGUGUACACGUAGCGUUCCGGAUGGUUCCAAUGACUGUGGCGGUUUGGCAAUUGCUAUUGCAACGUCAUCGCCAUCUGCAGCCCCAACAGGAGUGCCGACAAAGCAACCAACAGGCGCCGCGAUCACCUCUGAAACACUCGCACCUCAACCUACAAGAUUCAGUCCAACAGAGACCUGCCCAACUCCUCUUGCAACCAUUGCCUGCACUGCAGAGUUCGCGCCAGUACGCUGUGGUUUGAAUUCCUGUGAAUACGACAAUCAAUGUAUUGCCAUUGCGGCAGGCUAUUACCCCGCGCUGUGCUACCCAUCUGGCUGUGAGCUUCCCAGCGCUUCUGUUGCUUGUCCUUUGGUCUCAAAUCCAGUGAUUUGUGGCUUCUCAAACUGUGAAUACAGUAGUCUCUGUGUUGCUGAAGCGGCGGGUUUUCCAUCCAUUUUCUGCAACCCCGUCAGCUGUCCCCAGCCCUCGGCUGGAGUUUCUUGCAGUGAUGAAUUGGACUCCUUUGUUUGCGUGGUUGAUGGCAUUGGCUUGUGUCGAUACAACAACGGCUGUUACGCGGCCCAAGCUGGUCUUGACCCCUCUGACACAGGAGGGCAGUGUUUUAGAACCCCCUCCUUUGACUCAAACCCGACGAGCUGCCCAAUCCCAUCUGGUACAUCCUGUGACUUUGAGUAUAAACCACUGCGCUGUCUCCAAGGAGCGUGUCUCUAUGCAAACGACUGCGUAGCAUCUGCGGCGGGAUUGGAUCUCGACGAUGACUGUCAGUCAGCCAACUGUGCCUUGCCAGAUGCCAACGCAAUCUGCCCAUUAGAGUUCUCCCCGGUCUAUUGUUACCCCGAAGGCUGCCAAUACUCCAACCAAUGCACAGCCACGGCCGCAGGAUACUCGGUUGAAGCCUGCGCACCUGCAAUCUGCCCAUCUCCUGAUCCUGCCGACCAAUGUUCGAGACAAUACAACGCCCAAACCUGCGAAACGAAUGGCGUUUCCUGCUUUUACGACAACACCUGCCUCGCUGCGUCUGCUGUGGGGCCAGCCGAUUGUGUAGAGAUUGCAACACCUGAAAAUCCAUCGAGCUGUCCGCAGCCCCCUGCGUCCAUAGCUUGCACGCUCGAAUUUGAUGAGAAGAUGUGCGGAGACAUGGACUGUCGCUAUAGCAAUACCUGUCUGGCAGAGGCAGCUGGCUUUAUUUCCUCCACAGACUGUCGCAGUCCCAACUGUCCAGCUGCAGGAGGAACGGAUGAAGAAUGUGGCACCGAAAUUGAUAUCGUGCACUGUGGCCCUUACUCCUGUCCCUAUCCAAAUCGCUGUUGGAGCCGCCUCGCGGGGUGGGCUCCUGUUGAAUGCACCCCUGCUUCCUGUCCUAGUCCUCCCUCUGGCAUUGCAUGUGUCUUGGAAUAUGACCCAAUGAUCUGCUAUUCGGAAUCUCAGGCUGGUGUCCCUGGCUGUUCAUACUCCAACAGCUGCCUGGCAGAAUCAGCUGGAUACAAUCCCAGCUUUGGCGAGUGCGUUCGAGCCUCGUUGAUCGAACCAUCCCAGGAUGUGUCGUUUGAGCUGCUAGGCGGAGAAAGUGUCUGCGAGCAAGCUCCAGUGACUCUGUCAUUGGAUGAAAUCCCUGGUGUCACCAUCACGCAUGGGCUUGGUCUAGAUGAAAAUAGCGGGAAGACAACCUUCGCGGCCACAGUUGUCUAUGAAGGUCAAGCAUGGGUUGGAUUUGCAUUCAGUGAGAAUGGCAGAAUGGUAGGUUCCACUGCUGUCAUUGGUAUUCCUGCUGAAGGCAUUAGCGCCUCCAACCCUGGGAAAUAUCUCCUUGGUGGCUACAGUGUCCCACAAGUAUCAUUGAUGGAACAGCAGACAUUGCUGAGCAAGACCCUUGAACAAAACGACACCCAUACACUUCUUUCGUUCACCAAGCUUCUUGUGGAACCGGACGAGGUCGCCAUAAACACCAACGGGGACAACUUCUUUCUCGUAGCUGUCGGAAGUGGCAAUGAUCUAGCGUAUCAUGCAAGCAGGCAUUCGUUCACGGCUGGUUACGAGUGUUCGCGAUAAUGUGCAUUGGGUGGCGUCGACCUCCAUAGCCGUGUUGCACGAUAGCAAAACACAACCGAUAUUACCGCUACCGUACCACGGGUUAUGGACAACAUUAAUUAAGAGUUUGGGCUUCUGUGAUCUAUGAUUUUCACGGAAGAGCUGUGGCCGCUUCCGCCUUUCCUGCACCUCUUUUUCUAUAGUAUUGGAGUGCGCGGCGAGCUCUGUGCUGCUGCUUCGGUGGCACGGUACCAUCUUUUGAUGUGCUCAGCAUUCUUCGCUGUCUUUUGUUGGUUUGGUCUGCAAGAUUGAUACGAACGACGUAACCGUAGGUACCGUCAUCGCCCUAGGUUCAAGACAACAGUGUCAAGCGUGUGCCAUUGUCUGUCCCACAGAUUGCCUCGGCAUCGAUCUCCAAUGCGUCGUGUACGAAAACUGAAACGUAUGAAUCUUUUAAAAAGCGAAGCUCGACCUUGGAGAAGCCCUGAAUUGAUAUCAUAAUAUGCACGUGGAACAAAAAACAUGAAUGGGUGAACGCUAACAUCUCGAGUAUUGUUCGCUGAGGCUUGUCAAACUACUGAUCAUCGCAUCCCCACAAUCCGCAUCGAGCCUCUUCGACGACGCUGUGGGCAGCAAUGAAACAAGUUUCUCACGUUGAAGCAGUUGGCCUUGAAUUGCCCAGGUUCAGAACU